GAGAGAGAGAGAGAGAGAGAGAGAGGCAGUGAGCUUUGUGUGGAGGAGCAGCAUGAACAGACAUUAUCCGUUAUUUCUAGCGCCCGCUACGCUGCUGCUGCUGCUGUAGCUCCGGUCGACCCCUUGCAUGGAGUGAACGGGUGGACUCGGUUCUCGCGCGCGGAUCCAGCGAGUCCGUCGCACCUCUAUGGCAACAUCUAUCCUCCUCCCCUCCGGUACCGAGACACGACGGGCAGGGCUGCUGCUGCGGAGCUCGCGUGCCUCCCCCGUUUUUCCCGCUUUUCCCCGCGUUGUGGGAAACGUGCUCGAGGCAGGUCUGCAGGAUCCCAGCAUGGAUUAACGCUCGCGCGCGGACUGCACGGCCAGGCUCUGAAAGCUGAACAUGUCCACUCCAAGUGACCUCAAGUCUCCCUGUGUAACACGGAACGGCAUGGUCAAGUUGCCCCCCCAACCCAACGGCCUCGGUUCGGCCAGCAUCACGAAAGGCACUCCGGCCGCAAAGAACCGCCUGUGCCAGUCGUCUUCGGUUCCCACCAUCUUACCCCCACCCAGCCUUCCCUACCACCUCGAACCCCUGCCCACGGCAGCCUCCCUGCUGGGCCCGGACCUGGACACUAGCCCCCUGAUGGCCAUCAAGCCCCCGCUCAGGCAAUACCCCAAACCCCUGCUGGAGCGGCAGCUGGUGCUGGACGAGAAGGUGCUCAAUCGGCUGCUGUGGUACUUCACCACCGCCGAAAAGUGCAUCCUCGCACAAGUGUGCAAGACAUGGCGCAAGGUGCUGUACCAGCCUAAGUUCUGGGAAGGUGUGACGCCCAUUCUGCACGCUAAGGAGCUCUACAACGUCCUCCCCAAUGGAGAGAAGGAGUUCAUCAGCCUGCAGGCCUUCGCCCUCAGGGGCUUCCAGUCCUUCUGCCUGGUGGGCGUCUCCGACUUGGACAUUUGUGAGUUCAUCGACAACUACCCGCUGUCAAAGAAGGGCGUCAAAUCCGUCAGUCUAAAGAGGUCAACCAUCACGGACGCAGGACUUGAGGUGAUGCUGGAGCAGAUGCAGGGCCUGAUGCACCUGGAGCUGUCCGGCUGCAACGACUUCACGGAGGCCGGCCUGUGGUCGAGCCUGAACGCACGCCUCACCUCACUCAGCGUCAGCGACUGCAUCAACGUGGCGGACGAUGCCAUCGCCGCCAUCUCGCAGCUCCUGCCCAACCUGUCCGAACUCAGCCUGCAGGCCUACCACGUGACGGACACAGCCAUGGCCUACUUUACGGCCAAGCAGGGCUACACCACCCACACGCUGCGGCUGCACUCCUGCUGGGAGAUCACCAACCACGGCGUGGUGAACAUGGUGCACAGCCUGCCCAACCUGACCGCCCUCAGCCUAUCGGGCUGCUCCAAAAUCACGGACGACGGCGUGGAGCUGGUGGCCGAGAACCUGAGGAAACUGCGCAGCCUGGACCUGUCCUGGUGCCCGCGGAUCACCGACAUGGCCCUGGAGUACAUCGCCUGCGACCUGCACAAACUGGAGGAGCUGGUGCUAGAUCGGUGUGUACGGAUCACAGACACAGGCCUCGGGUAUCUCUCCACCAUGUCCUCACUGCGGAGUCUAUAUCUACGCUGGUGCUGUCAGGUGCAGGACUUUGGCUUACAGCACCUGUUCGGCAUGAGGAGCCUGCGUCUCCUCUCUCUGGCAGGCUGCCCCCUGCUGACCACCACUGGCCUUUCAGGCCUGAUCCAGCUGCAGGAGCUGGAGGAGCUGGAGCUGACCAACUGCCCGGGCGCCACGGCCGAACUGUUCAAGUACUACUCCCAGCACCUGCCGCGCUGCAUGGUCAUCGAGUAGGCGGUGCCCGCCGGAACCUUCAUCAUCACCAGAACCUUGUCCUUCAGACGAACGAAUGAACGAACGAAUGAAAGAGCGAAAUAAAAACAGACUGAUGAUUUAAUCCCACUUCAUCCUGAACCCAGCGAGGGGGAGCGAAAUGAAAUGAAACGAAACGAAUGCAAAAAACAAACGGAUGCUAAAGGAAAGCAAGUCUUCGACGAAGCAGCAGAGGAGGUUGAGCUAGAAGGGGAGGAGCUUAAAGAGCUUAAGGAGGAGAAUGUGAGCGGAGAACAGGCCUCGACUGAUGCGGAAGGGAAACGAAAGGGGGGUUAGAGGGUAGAGGGGGUCCGAGAGAGGCUAGAACCUUUCAUUCAACGACAUGACACUCGUUCAGCCAUCGAUCAGCCUUCACACACACAUGUACACACGUGAUACACACCUGAAACAUUAAGGAAACUCCAACAGAACUGAGGCCGAACUGCGAAACGGCCCAAACGUCCCGUAUUUCCUCCUGUAAUGGUUUCUUGUCUUUUUCUUGAAUUGACAAACGAGCGUCGCCGCCUCUCUGCGUGAGCUGGCUCUCUGAACUUUGGGAGAGGGAGCACGAGAGCACAGGAAGAGGACCUGGGAAAGAAAACAGCUACUGAAACAAUACCUUACGAUACCUUACGAUACGAUACAAUACAAUACAGGGUUUCUUUGCUAUUGUACAGCAGCGUCCUUAUCCACACUGGUUUCAGCGCAGUGGCCUGUCUACGUCUCUAUAUCAAGAAAACAGCGGAAAAAACGAAUAAAAAAACUAAACAAACAAAGGAGACAAACAGACACAUAAAGCAAAUCUAUUAGGAGACGAACAGCCGUGUAGAGUUUCGAGUUUCGCAUCAAAGCUGCACGCCUACUCGCUUAUUGUCAUGCGGUUUCUUCUCGUUUUUCCUUUUGGAAAUCUUAUUUUUUUAAGUAUUUUUUGAUGAUGAUGAUGACGAUGAUGAUAAUGAUGAUGGUGGUGAUGAUGAUGAUGAUAUUGAUGAUGAUAUUGAUGAUGAGGAUUACUGUGAAUUUUUUGGUGAGUGACCAAGGUUUCAGGACUUUGAAUAAAACAGGCAUCCAGGUACGACGAAAGCACGACACAGAAGGCUAUCCGUUACGAAUUUUUAUUUUUGAUUUUUGUUUGAUUUUUGUCCAGAAAGUUGAUCUUUUACGGACAUUUGCGGAUCAUUUUCGAUUUUCCAGAUUACUGAACUUUAAAAGGGGGCGGGUUUUCAUUGUUUAAAAGGCAUUUCGGGGUAAAAAGGGACUGACAUACUGUACAUACAGUAGAUAUUCCAUUGAAGCUUGGCCUUUUUAUGAAUCCUGUUUGGUUUUCUCAUUCCAUUUUGGUGUCAGUUGAUAUUAGUGACUCGUGUGCAGGUUUCAAUAUUAGUCCUCUGCUACGUGAACUGGGGGAGGGGGGUGGUGCCCUGCUGUCGUCACCGCCGCCUUCGCCGCUGCUACUGUUGGACCAGAUAAAGGACACACUUACUGUGCAUUGAUGCCUAUUCGUCACCAGGCCAAACCCCUCUGAUGGUGGACCCAACACGUGGUGUCUAUUCCAUUGUGAUAGACUUGAAGAGCCUUUUUUUGAAUUUGUACACGUAGCGUGAACAUUAAGGUCUUAGCCAAUGGGUUGACAGUGCAGAAAUUAAAUAAUGAAAAACUCCAGCAUGCUUUAAAACUUACCUCUUCACAACAGGGAGCCAGAUUCACAAAAGUGUUUAAGAACAGUUCUUAAAAAAAAAAAAAAAACUUUUUACAUAACUUAUUGAGAAAAUUACUUACAUUUUUUUUUGGUUUGUUUUUAACUCUUAACAGUUAACAGUUGGUAUUUCUUAAAAAUGUCCUUAACCUUGAAAGUCUUGGAAGAUCAGCCUCUAGUGUCUUAAGAAAAUUGUAAGAAAAUAUAUGGAAAACUUCUUUAAGGACAAUUGCAAAUCAGUUGGGCCUCAUUCUUAAAUUGGAUUUUGAGGAAACCCAUAAUAUAAAUCUACAUCCAAUAGAAGUUCUCAUAAUUUAGACAAAUCCCAGAUAAGAAAACAUUGGGGAAUAUUCUAAAAUACUCGUAAAACAAUGUGGGCUCUAAUAAUAUUUUUCUUCUCAAGUACAGUUGAUUAAUAAGGCCUAUUCUUACAAACCUCUUAGUAUCUGGUCCCAGCUUCGUAAUAUUAGUUAAAUUUAACUAUGGGUUAAAUUUAACUAAUUUCAAUGCUUAUUUAAACUUGAAACAAACAUAAAAAACACAAUUUAAAAUAAGUAUACAGUCAGAAAUGGCAUAACAUCCGUUUCUUUAAAUUUAGUAAUUCAUUAUCGUGCACAACUUAAAUAACAACAUUUGAUAAUAUUGAACAAAGAAUGCUAAGCAGUAAAGCUAAUUUUAUACCAACAUACACCUUUAUAAGGUUUUUUUUUUUUUGUUUUAUUAUGAGAAGUUAUAUUAACCCAUGGACAUGAAUCACAUUUGUAAUUUACUCCAACGGGUUAUUUGGGCAUUUGCUGAAUAUAGUCAAUAAACAUUUAUGUAAUACAAAACUUCCAUACAUUACGUUGAGUGAUGUUCUUGGGUAACAUAACCUUAGGGAAAGUGAACACAACUGUAAUUACAUUAUUGCAUCCAACUAAUUUUUUAAAUAUACAUGAUAUAUUUCAGAUUUGACUAAAUUUAGCAACUGCCCAUGUAUUCUUUUCUAAUGACCGACUUCCAAAAUGAACAUAAAACACUGACAUUUC